AUGCACACCCUCCAAGCAACUGCAUCGUCGUCCCUGUCACUACCUUCGGGUACGUACAUCUACGCAAUUGCAGCAACAACCCCAUCAUCUUCUUCCGGCACACAUUCACAGCAGUUUGCGGCUAUAUCAUCCGACGAUUCACUUCGACUGUUUGACGGCCACUCUCUGCAGCCCACUACCGUGCUUAGUGCAAAGUCUCAUGAUGGUGGUGUCACUGCAUUAAAGGAGUAUUCGGGAAUUGGUCCGCAGGGGUCUUUACUGGCUACUGCUGGACGGGAUGGAGCUGUUAGAUUAUGGGAUGCGCGGGCUGGGGAGUUGUCGCAGAGGGCGAUUGUGGAGAUGAGAGUGGAGAAGAAUAUUCCAAUACUGUCGUUGGCCUGUGACCCUGGGUCGCAUAUUGUUGUUGCUGGUACGGAGCUGGAAGCAUACCAGGCUACUGUUGCUCUAUGGGACAUUCGAGCCCCUGUAAGUAUACGCCAACAAUACGUUGAGAGUCACAAUGAUGACGUGACAGAGCUACAAUUCCACCCCACACGCAAAAACGUAUUACUAUCCGGCAGCACAGACGGCCUCGUCAACCUCUACGAUAUCAACAUUCAAGACGAAGACGACACACUGCUCCAAGUCAUCAACCACGGCUCCGUGCAUCAUGCCGGAUUCUUGUCUGAAGACGCAGUCUACGCGCUUAGCCAUGACGAGACGUUCUCAAUCCAUCCGAUCACUAAUCCUGACUCGGAAGAGGGUAGUGACCCUAGUCCGAUUCAGUUUGGAGAUUUGAGGCCGAAACUGCAGUGUGAGUAUGUUGUGCAGGCGCUGGGGACGAACCAGGGGAUUUAUUUGGCUGCUGGGAAUACGACUGAGAAACGUCUCGAUUUAUUCCCCCUCACGCCCUCCCCGAAAUGGGACUUUGACUACGCCAAUGUCUGGCGACUACCAGAUGCUCAUGGUGAAGAGAUUGUACGAGCUGUAUAUCUCGACGAACAGUCGAGAACAGUAUUCACAGGCGGCGAGGAUGGCAUAAUCCGAGCAUGGAGACCAAAUGAGUCCGAUCACACACAAGAUGAUGAAAUGGAGGGACAAGAAGAGUCUUUGUCGGACAGAGCAGCUGCUCGAGCAAGAGAUAAGAAGAAGUUCAAGGACGAGAAACGGUUCAGGCCCUAUUAA